GGACAUCAGGGCUAGCAUGAGUCAUUUAUAGAGCCAGGCAGGGCUAGAAAAGAGAGAGAAAGAAAGAGGAGGGGAAGAGAGAUCAAACAAACACUGCGAGGAGCAGGAUGUCCCAGCAACACAAAGCCAGGCUGUGAGCAUCAUGUAUGUGAGUUACCUUUUGGAUAAAGAAACCAGCAUGUAUCCAGGAUCUGCAAGGUGCAGCAGCAACAACCUGCCGGUGCAAAACUUUGUGUCUACUCCAGCCUAUUCAGAUUACAUGGGAUAUCAUCAUGUGCCAACCCUGGACACCCAUGGACAGCCAGCGGGAACCUGGGGAUCUCCCUAUGGCCCACAGAGGGAGGACUGGAACGCGUACGGCCCAGGACCUUCCAGCACGGUUGCUGCUGCACAGCUCAAUGGCUCGUCUCCUGGCCAGGUCUCCUACACUUCUGCUGAUUACAGCUCCCUCCAUCCCGCUGGAGCCGGGGGGUUACCUCCUGUAGAAACAAUUAAUGCACAGCAAAUCUCUCCCAGCAGCCAAAGGCACAGCUCUUAUGAAUGGAUGAGGAAAACAGUGCAAUCCACUUCUACAG